AUGGAUAUAGAAAAAAAUAAAGAUAUUUAAGUAGAAAAGAGUUCUCCCGAAAGAGAGGAAGAUGCUCAAUAAACAGAUUUCGUUCGUAUCACAGAAAAAUUGACUGAUGUCAAGAUGAUUAAUAGAUUCAACUUCUAGCUCAGAAACUGCAAAACUAACGAAGAUAAAUUAAAUGAUCUCAAGGUUCUUUCUGAAACACCAUCUCCUAUACUCAACAGAUUUUAUAGCUCUCCUGGGCUUAGGACUCUUGGUGAGUGGAUUUAUGAAGGAAGUGAUAACAUCACUUAAAAUUCUGAGGUUUUAGAGAAAAUUUUUGCUCUUUUAAAGGAAAUUACACUAAAAAAUGAACAUUUUGAAAACGCUCAUUAUCUCGGACUAGGUAUAGAGAAGAUGCACAUAGCCUAACAAAAUAGUGAAUACAACGAAGCACUAAAUAUUUUUUAUAAGUUUUAUAACCUCAACAAAUAAAUCAUCAACGAUUGGCUUGAGUCAUUUAAAAAAAGAAGUCAAGACCCCAACUUUAAAAGACAGUAACUUUGGUCUGAAUAGCAAAAAUUAAACGUUAAGAGAAGCUUUAAUGCUGCUAAUAACAAUAAUAACAUGAACAACAAAUAUCAAUAAAAAGACUUUAACUAAAAUAAAUUUAACUAGGGCAACAACUUUUAAAAAGGUAAUAAUGGUAAAUAUGGAGCUAAUAACUUUUAAAGAGGAGACUCUCCUCCUAACUAAAAAAAAGUAAAAUACAAUAACGGAAACGCAGGUAGCACUGGUUUUAAUAACAAUAUAAAUCUUAACCAAAAGCCAGGAGCUAAAUCUGUCAGGUUCGCUAACACUGACUAAGUUAAGAGAUUCAGAAAAGAAGAUGAACCAAUUAUGCCUGAUUUGACUGAAGAAGAAAUAGAAAAAUACUAAGAAGAGUGUAUUUAAAAGAAAUAGUCUGAUAGCCAUAUUUUUACAAGUUAAGAUAUGAAGAAAAGAGAAAACAAGCUCGAAAAAGAAAGCAGAAAUCAAUAAAAGGAGUCUGAAAGAAAAGAAAGAUAAUUGCUCGAUGAAAUGAAAGAAGACAUUUAAUGGAGAACUCCAUAAAAAUUAAAAGGUCUUCAUUCUUAAUAUUUUGAAAUCCUCAGCUCAGAAUCAACUGAGAAAGAGCUACAUAAAUAGAGAAUACUCUGUAAAUUACAAAGUUUAUAUGGAAGUGAUGCUGAGAUUCCUUCUUCUCCUUCUUACGAAAAUGUUAUUAAUGAUAAAAUAUCUGAAGAAUAACCCAAAUAAGUUUAUUUAAAUAAAAUUGAUGAGAAUGAUUUCAUUUAAAUUAUAGAAAUGGCAAUAAGAAGUGAAAAUUAGCAACAAAAGUAGAAAGUCGAAAAGAAAAUUCUUAAAAGUAUUCUUAAAAUUUCUAAAGAAGAAAAAGAACUACAACGUAAAAAAAUGAUACAAGAAAAGAAAAAGCAAGCUGAAGACGAAGAGAGACUUAAAAGUUAAAUAAAUCAGAAUACCUUCAACUAAUUGAUUGACUUGAUUAUGCACAAUAAAAACAGCAGAGAUGAGCUAAAAUAAUCAGUUAAGGCCUUAGGACUCACAGAAAUAGAACUUUAAAAUAUUUACCAAAACAUAAAUGUUAUAAAAAAGCUUUGGCAUCAAAGAUAAUCUGUUUCAACUCCAUCUAAUGUUAGGUAUGGCCCUGCUGUAGAAGAGAAAAAGGAACAAGAAAAACCAGCAAUUCCCCCUCCUUAAAAUCCCCUCACAUAGCAACCAUUCAAUAGCAACUUUAUAAAUAGACCAGCCAAUAACAGUUUGCCAAACAGCUAAAACUAGUAGCCUGUUAUUAAUAAUCCUUUUUCUACAUCUUACAACCAAUAAAAUUCUUAAAACACUACCUAUAACUAGUAUCGUAGCUAAUAAGUUAAUCCUCAAUAAACUUUCUCUAAUAAUUUCAAUAAUAACUUCUCAAAUAAUUAGCCUAAGUAGAUGCAAGGAAACAAUUCAUUUAAUGCCUAAUAAAAUAAUUUUGGAGCCUCCUAAAGAUUCUAAAGUAAUAAUAAUCCUUAAAACAACUAGCAUAUUGUGCCUCCUCCUCAUUCCCAUUCAUAAUAAGGCACUGAGUUUAAUUAACAAAACCCAGAAUAAAACUAAUAAUUCCAUGGUAUAUAAAAUUAAAAUUUUUCAUAGGAACAUUAAAAUUAUUAUUAGCAUCCUUAAAACAAUAACAAUUUUAGCUACAAUCCUAAUAAUACUAAUAACAGAGCUGGUCCUUAGGCUCAUAGACCAGUUAAUUAGCCUCCAAUUUCUUAACAAAACAAUCCAUCUAAUAACUAAUUCUAUCCCUAAUAAAAUAGAAAUUUCAAUAACAAUAACUAAUAGCCAUAAUAACAUCACAUUAAAUAAAAUAACUAUAGUAUACCACCUAAUUAAGCAACGGGUAACAAUAUUCAACAUCAAUAGAAGCAACCGAUUGAAUAGUUCUAAUAAGAUUAAGGAUAUUAAAAUAACUUAGGAUAACCUUCAUAAAUGAUUUAAAAUAAAACUUUUAUUCCAUAAAAAUAAUUAUAAAAUCAAUAAAAUAAGCCUAAUUUUAACUCUAAUAUUCCUGAUUAAAACGAUUAAAAAUAAAUUGCUACUCCUAAUUCCGGUGUUGCCUAACAUUAAAACGAAGAAAGUAAAAAGCACAUACCUUGUAGAAUGUAUCAUUCAGCUAUGGGUUGUAGAUAUAAUGUUUGCAACUUCAUGCAUAAUCCUGAAUAUUAAGGUAGACCAGUACCUAAUAUGUAAAAUAAAGUUAGACCUAUGUAUGCACUAAGUAAAAGUGGAGAGAGAAAUUUAGAAAACACGUUUGCAUAUAAUAAAGCAAACUAUGAAAAGAGAACUGGAUAACUAAACACUUUACCCUUUCCAUAGGCAGGUGGUAUAUCUACUACUUAUCCUCCUCCAUUACUUAACUAAUAAUAAAACAAUCAAUUUACUAACUUACCAUAAGUGUAGCAGCAAAGUGUUAGACCACAAGGUCAAAUCUAGUCUUAGUAGAAUAGCAUGUUUAUAUUUUAAUAAACCAAUCCUCUUUUGAAGUAAUAGCAAAAACCUUAGCCUCCUUAAAAGAUAUGA